CAUGACACACACACAGGGCGGGCGGUCCGUGUUCGUUCCCCAAAUCCCUCAUCUCGCACAAUUCCUCCCUCAAUCCUCCCGAGUCAACCAUGCCGCCGCCGCCGCCGCCGCCGCCGAGCCUCUCCGAUGGCCCGGCCUCACGCGACAACGCGCUCGCCUCCAUCCACAAGCCGCCGGCGUCUCAUGGUGAUUCGUCCACUCGUCAGCCAUCAAUAAGAAGAGAUAAUCCAGAGAAUUUAACCAAAGUGUUGGCUGAGGCAGUGAAGUGUGCACAAGCUCUUAAGACUGAUGAUCUGAUUACUGACACUAGAGUUAAGGAAGCUUUUGCAGAGCUGAUGAACAAAGUGUACCCGCAUCUACCUGAGAGUCUACAGGAUCAACUGAUUGCUGAUUUCAAACUCAAUAUCCUCCGUCGGGCACAAGAGAAAAAUACUCCCCCAGUUGAGUUGAUGGAUGGUGAACAGAAGAAGAACUUCCUCGGGAAAAAAGGAACUCGUACCAAUACCUUGUGGAUUAUAGAAAAGCUAGUCCUGUUAGUCGGCAUAUCCUGCUUCAUGUACCUCAUGAGCCUCUAUGUCACCGAGAACUGAAAAGAGAAAGGGGAAAUAAACAUUUAUACAUGGGGAUUCAGUUGUAUUCUAAUCUCUGGACAACAAAAGCAGCAAUCUUUCAGCAUACCACAAGGAUGGGCUCUGCUUUGGUGCCAAAUAGGAUUUGUACCACUGGAAAGGAAGUGUGUCUGGUUUGAUGGCCGGUUAGCUGGUGUUAGUCUGUUUAUUUUUCAGUCUUAUUGUCUGUUUCUGCUGGGGUUGUGUCAAGACUUGAUGUGCCCUCUUGCUUUAUUUCAGUAAAAUUAUGUUGAUGUGCGGGCAUGAUGUAAUGAACUUUUGUUUUAAUGAAUAAGUUUAUUAAAGCAUAUAUGUUCUCCUCA